AGGGUAGAAACAAAUAGAAAGGGUAAAUAGAAAUGUAUGCAUUUCUGGGGCUGAAACUUGUGAGAUGCAGCAGAAGCUGGAGGAGGUCUGUGGUUGGUUGAGACUGUUUUUCCUUGUCUCCUAUUUCCAUAGAAACCCAGUGAUGUCCUGACUCGGCAGUACCAGCAUUUGUCUUUAAAAAACACCUGCCUGCUGCCCCUGGACCUUAUGCUGGAUGUGGAGCAGCCGUUCCUGGUCUGUGAUGAGGACCAGCAGCCCCUCCCAGAUGGCCAGCCUGUGACAGUGGAUGUAGGGGAGACCUGUCAUCUCUACAUCGCGUUUGACCCAGCUUACAAACUGGGUUUUAACAGCUGGAAAACAAACAAGGUUCUGAAGACAGGCAUGGUCAGGGGCCAUCCUUUUGUGGAGCAUAUCACCCUUCAGGGAGAAGUCCUCUUCCCAAAUCUCCAAAUCCAGCCCAGCACCCUGGAGUUUGGCUGCAUCGUGGCUGGCACUGAAGAAGUGCGUUCUCUGGAGAUCACCAGCUGCAGCCCAUUUCCUGUCAAGUAUCACUGGACAUUCCAUUCGGACAGCCAGGUGAACAAGUUGAGGCUUUCAGUAUCCUGCCACUGUCAGGUGUGCUGCAGCCAGGAGAAAGCCAGCAGGUCUCCUUCACCUUCUUUGGCCACCUCAACACCAUCUCUGAUGUCACGGCGCUGUGCCAUGUGGAGGGAGGCCCCACCUACGAGGUGGUGGUGACCGGGGAGGCCUCACAUCUCACCUACUCUCUGAGCCUGCAGGAGAUCAACUGUGGCUCUCAGAUGUUUAAUGAAAUUCAUCACAGCACAGUCACCCUGUGGAACACUAGCAAAAUUGAAUUCAACUGGGUGCUAAAGCCCAGCGCUGCAGCCCAGCGUCUGCCUGGUGUGUUUCUGGUCAACCCCACCACUGUAAGUAGCACAAGUGACUGACCCCAGCCCUGUGCCAGGUGGCCCAGGAUAGUGUUAAAGGGAAGAAAAAAAGGGGAGGGGGUG